GUAACGUUAACAAGGAACCAUCCAACAAGAAUGAAGACUACCCUGCUAUUUGCACUGGCACUAUUAGUCGCCUUGGUAAAUUGUCAAAGGCCGAAUGAAACAACCCCAAAAAAUACAGGCAAUCCGCCACCAGGCACCAGACCCCAAGAUAAAAACGCUGGCGUGGUGAAAAAAGGCUCUGAUGGUGGUCGCAUUUCAAAGCAGACCUUUUUCUCCGGCUCUUUCAGCUCAAAUUUUCCGUGGACAGUGUCCAUUUCCGUUGUCAAAAGCCUAUUUCCACCUGCAUCUCCUCCAACUGUACCGAUUCCGUCAUUUCCUCGUUACUGUGGCGGUUCCCUAAUUGACUGGAACUGGAUUCUCUCUUCAGGAUCUUGCACCGGCAUUGGAAAUCUUUCAGUACUUUUUGGAUCACAAGACAGAAGCAACCCGUUAGCACUAAACACCCUUUCCAUGGGAAUUCCAGAAAGUAAUGUCUUCGUCCACCCUAAUUUCAACCCCCAAACUCUUGAGAAUGACAUCUCGCUCAUCAAGCUUCCCUACUCAGCGCCGUUACCUACUUUGCUGAACCCUAACAAUUUGAUUAACAGCGUUUUGCUACCGACGCGCUCCGACUUGCUCAACCAAUUUCUCGGACAAACAGGAUUUUUGAGCGGUUUCGGACUAAACAAUUUCAACUUGAGUAACAUACUGGGCUGGACACCGCAACAGUUCAUUCCGAACGUGGAUUGCGCGAAAUACUUUGCCUCUGGCGCAACUAACAGCUUCCCCAUUCGCCUCUCCAAUCUGUGCCUCGUCAACAAUCUGACCAAUUCUAUCGCAGGCCUCUGCAACGUGGAGAGCGGCUCGCCUUUGGUGGUGCAAAACCCGAUCACCAAGAUCUUUUCGCUGCAAGGCAUCGCCUCCUUCCCGCCUUGGAAUUGUCUCAAAAAUUCACCUUUUGCAUUCACGCGCGUCGCCAACUACACUAAUUGGAUUUCCAGACUGACUGGACUUCUGAUCCCCUAAAUAUGAAAAACUGUGUUGUUUUUCCGUAAUUGAAAUAAAAGUGUGUUUCUGAU